CCGAGAGCUACCGAUGCUAGGCUAGCUGCCGUUAGCUACGGGGAGCGGACAUGUUGUACCGACCCUUCCUUGGAUAAACAUCACUUUAAACGGGGAAUAAGGGGGCUCGGGGGCGUCGGGCAAUCAUGGAUGCCGUCAACGCCUUUAACCACGAGUUAUUCUCGUUGAUGGACUCCAAGCCCCCAAUAUCUCGGGCAAAGAUGAUCUCCAUCACCAAAUCAGCCAUCAAAGCUAUGAAACUCUACAAGCAUGUGGUCCAGAUUGUGGAGAAAUUUAUCAAAAAGUGUAAGCCUGAGUACAAGGUAGCAGGCUUGUAUGUAGUGGACUCCAUUGUUAGGCAGUCCAGACACCAGUUUGGAGCAGACAAGGACGUCUUUGGCCCAAGGUUCACCAAAAACAUCACAGGAACUUUUGAGAACCUCUGCCUUUGCCCUGUAGAGGACAGGAGUAAGAUAGUGCGGGUGUUGAACCUGUGGCAGAAGAAUGGGGUGUUUAAGAUCGAGGUUAUUCAGCCCCUCUUGGACAUGGCAGCUGGCUCUAGCAGUGCUGCUGCAGCCUGCACAGAUGAGACAGGUUCUUCUCCACCUCCUGCCAAAGAGCCAGUUUCUGCAGUUACUGUUAGCUCCACUAUAACACCUGCUGCUCAGCUGCAAAACUCUGAUGCCUUUGCUGCUGUGGCACAGCUUUUCCAGUCCUCACAGGGUCAACAGCUUCAACAGAUGCUCCAGAACUUUCAGCAGCAGCCAGUUAAGCCCGAGAUCAACACUCAGCCUCCAGUCCAUGCCAUUCAUACGCACACCCAAAACGUCACCGCUGGCCUGGGCAUGGUCCCCCCGCAGCCUCCCCUGCCCACCCAACCCAGCCAGCAGAAGACAGCCUUUGAUAAGAAAUUGCUUGACCGUUUUGACUACGAUGAUGAACCAGAAGUUGGAGAAGAAACAAAGAAGGAUGAAAUGUCGUCACAGCCCGCCUUUAUGCAGCAGCCUCCAGCCUUCCCACAGCACAUGGAGCACUUGAUGAUAAACAGGUCACAAGACCUCUCACAACAGGUUCCUCUCCCUCCUAAUGGCCAGAUCCAGGCCUUUGGUUUACUGCCUGGACAAGGCUUUCCAGUUAUGAUGCCUCCUGUGGGGCAUGCUCUGCCAGGGCAGCCCCUCCCUGGCUCCACUGGGCCUCCAGGAUUCAUGGGGGGAUUCGUUCCCCAUAAUGCAGCCCAGCAGCAACAGGAUAUGUCAAUGGAUAUGGACCGUUCAUCUAUCAAGGAUGGCAGACAUGGGCGAAGGUCACACUCCGGCUCCAGAUCUCCAAAGCGGAGGAGGUCACGGUCUAAUUCUCGUUCACGGCGAUCCAGGCACAGGCGAUCCCGCUCACGCUCCAGAGACCGACGUCAUCAUUCCCCGCGCUCACGCUCGCAGGAACGCAGGGAAAGGGAGAAAGAGAGGGAGCGACGGCAAAAAGGCCUUCCACCACCCAAGAGUGAGACACUAAGCAUUUGCAGUACAACUCUCUGGGUGGGUCAGCUGGACAAGAGAACACAACAGCAAGACGUUGCCUGUUUACUGGAGGAAUUUGGACAGAUAGAGUCCAUCAAUAUGAUCCCCCCUCGUGGCUGUGCGUAUAUUGUCAUGAUACACCGGCAAGAUGCCUUCAGGGCUUUACAGAAGCUCAGUCGAGGAUCCUACAAAGUUAACCAGAAAGCCAUCAAAAUUGCUUGGGCAUUGAACAAGGGCAUAAAGGCUGAGUUUAAGCAGUACUGGGACGUGGAGCUGGGUGUCACCUAUGUGCCUUGGUCUAAAGUAAGAGAGGACCAGCUGGAGGAGCUGAAAGAAGGAGGAGUAUUCGACAUAGACACCUUAUCACCAGAGUGGAGUGGAGUGAGGAAGACUCUUGAGAACCCAGAAGAACUAACACACAAUGGUGGUUCAGAGCCACAGCAGCCAGAGGAGGCUCAAAUAUUACCUGUGACUACUGCAGCUGCUCCUCCUGCACAGGUUCUUCCAAUGCAGCAGCCAAUGGUUGGUGUGGGUUCUCUCCAGCCUCCUGUCUUCCCUGGUCCCAUUGGCAUGCCUCCGCCUUCUUUCCCCCCAGGCGUUCCCCCUCCUCCUUUCAUCAGACCUGGCUUCAAUCCCUUGCAGAUGCCUCCAGGUUUCCCUCCUCCUGGUGCCAUGCCUCUAGGUCUCCCACCUCCUUCCAAAGGUGGAGCUGAAGACCCACCUUUAGACCCAGCAGGUCUGGGCAACAGAAAAAAUGACGAGAUCCCUGAGGGUCCCAACCUCUUCAAUAACCAGAUGGGACCAAUAGGUAACCAGGUAGGUGUACCUCCAGGUGGUCCUCCAGGAAACAUUCAACCCCCUUCUGGUGGUCUCCUUGGUGCACGGCCUGGAAUAAUUCCACUACAGCGUCCUCCGGUACCCCCACCACCCCACAUGCAACGUUUUCCUCCACCCCAUGGGCCACGACCCCCGCAUCCCAGCAUGCCGCCCGUGCCCCCACAGAUGAUGGCCAGGGGGCCCCCCCCUCAGAUGAUGCACCAUGAACCCCCUCCACCCAAAGGAGGCUUUGGGAUUCCCCCUCCCCAUAAUAUGAGGGCACCAUUCCCUCCACAUGGGCUGGGCCCUCCUCCUCAAGGUCUUCCUCCUCCUUUUAUCAGACCAGGGGCUCCACGAGGCCCUGAAGGUCCAGAAGACAUGGAUAUCAGACCAUUCAGGGGAGACAGGCCUGGAUUCAGGGACCGAGAGCCAGAGAGAGACAGAGACUGGGAACGGGAUAGGGAUAGAGAGAGGGACAGAGGCUUUGGAGGAGGAAGACGUCCAUUUGGUGAUGGAGGGAGGGGAGGAGGCGGUGAUAGAAUGGAUGGGAGGGACAGGCCUGGAGGCUGGCACGAAGACGGAGGCGAUCACCGUGGAGGUGGAUGGGAGAGAGACAGAGACAGAGAUCGGGACCGUGAUCGGGACAGAGACAGGGACAGAGACAGGGACAGACGGGACUGGAGGGAGAGGCGAAGCAGCCUGGAUUGCGAAAGAGAACGAGGGAGGGGUGACGAUGGGGAUAGGGAGCGAGGGAGGGGGGAGGGUGGAGAAAGAGGAAGGGCAGAAGGAGGGAGCCGAGAGAGAGGGAGAGGAGCUGAGGGAAAAGAAGGGGACAGGCCAAGGCGGUCGGAACGCCGAGAGAGAACCACACGGUGGGACAGGGAUGACCGAUUGGCAGAACUGGAAAAUAUGGACAAAUUUCGGACCUCUGAUGGCACAGAGCAACCUCCUGUGACUCCUGUGGUUACCACGGAAACCAGUAAAGAACCAAGUGUGGAAGAUUCACAAAAGAAGGAAGAAUCAGAACCUUUAGCCCCGCCCCCUGAAAUAACUACUGCUACAGCAGAGCCGCUGCCCUCUGAGCCCUUAACGUCAGCUCAAAGUGACCCUGUAGAAACUGAACAGGAAGCAGCCUCAUAGACUGGCUCACUUCCUUAGCCAGAGACUGCUGUAAACCAGAGGUGGAAGAUGUAAAAGGUGUUUUUGACUGAUAGUGUGGUACCCCUGACAGAUGAAUUUUGACGAGUCACACUCUCAGCUUAUCAGU